AUGUCAGAUGUUUUUUCAAUUUUUAGAAGAAAAAGAAAUAAAAAAACAAAAUUAUGUAAAACAUCAAAUAAAAAAAGUAAGAGAAAUAUAUUAAUGAAUGAUAAAUGUAGAAGAAGAGCAUAUGUUAAUAACAAUGUAAAACAAGAUAAUACUCAAGUAGAAAUUAAUAAUCACGAAUCAAAUAUUGUGUUAGUAGAUUUUCCAAAGCUUCCAAUAAAAAAUAUUGAAUUGUGUGAAGGAGUUUAUAAUAUUUUUUAUAUAAGAGAUCAAUAUUUAAUUGGAAAUAAAAAUGUUACAAUUAAUAAUGAGCAUCUAAUACUACUUGAAACUAUUUUAGAUAAACUUGAUUCAGCUAUUAAUGAACUGAAUUCAGAAGAAAAUUAUUCUACUAAAAAAAUAUUAUCAAGUGUUUAUGAAAAAAUAGCUACUUUGUAUAAUAGUUUUAAAAAUAUAAAAAAUAAACUUCCUCAAUUGUCAAAUGCUUAUGAUUGCUUUAAAAGCAAUAUUAUAUUUGUACGAGGAAAACAGUUUAAAAAAAAUUAUGUUUAUGAUAAUCUAAUUAAUAUAUACACAUAUCUACAAGAUAGUGAGCUUCAACAGGAUAAUAUUGAAACAAUUAAUCAAACAUUACAUAUAAACGAUCAAGCUAUUUCUUCACCAUCAUUUAUAAAUAAAAAUUUGGUUACAUCUAAUGAAUAUAUAGAAUAUCUUCCUAUGAAAUUUAAUCCUCAUUUUUUAGAAUUAAAUAAGAUAUCUAUAUAUUAUUUAUUUGAAGAAUCUAUUAAUCAUAUUAUAUGGCAAAAAGCAUUAGACGAAUUAAUUGUCGUUAAAGCUUUAGCAGAUAUCCCAUAUUUUGAUUUGACAGAAGUUGAAGGAUUUGAUUUUCAAAAAAUGAAAUCAGGUCAAAGACAAUGGUAUCCCUUAUAUAUAGCAAAAGAAUUAAGUGAAGAAGGGUUAGCUACUGUUGAAUUUCCAUUUUGGUUUUAUAUUGAUAACUUAAAAAAUAUUUAUAAAAAAGAAUUUGAAGAUAUGAAUGAACUUACUGAUUUGCCAAGCCCUUUUUUUUUUGAAAUAUCUUCUAUGUUUUUAGAAAAUAAUGCUUUUAAAAAUUCUACUCCUAUUGAAACUAUUGGUCAAAAAACUCCUUAUAAAUACAUUUUAAAAGUUGCAGGAUUAAUUCAAGAUAUAAGGCAAAAACGUAUUCAUAAAAUUAUGAAUAAAUUUAAAAAUUGUGAUAUUUUUUCAGAAAUAUUAAUUAUAAAUAAUAUACAAAUUUAUGAAACAUAUUGUGUUAAUUAUUUAGCUUCAGUAUUUUUUCAGAGGCAGAAUUCCUCCUAUUCAAUGGAUGAAAAUUUCGAUGUCAGAAAUUAUCUAUUUGAUCCUUUUAUUUUCAGUUCAUAUAAUAUAUAG